CAGUUGGACCCUUGCAUGCUGGACCCGUGCAAGCCGGAGCCAACGGUGGUUAUCAUUGGAGCAGGCAUGGCUGGUCUUUCAGCUGCUCAUCGGCUGACACAAUGUGGUCUUCAGAAUUUCACGAUACUAGAGGCGACAGAUAGACCAGGAGGUCGAAUUCAUUCGUGUUGGUUGGGAGAUGUGGUAGCAGAGAUGGGUGCUACCUGGAUCGAAGGAGGGAGCAUCGCGAAUCCAGUGUUCACCCUGGCCGCCCAAGAAGGUCUUCUGAAGCCACCCGUUUUCAGGCCUGAUCCAAGUCGUGGUCUUUUUUGCACGAGCGAUGGCCGAGCUAUCGAUCUUCCUGUCAGCAUCACGGCUUAUCACACGUUUCGACAGAUCGAGCAACAGGCGGCAACUCUUUUCUCUCUAGGUUGUGGCCGCACCCAUGGUACAUUACUGAAUUUCAUGGGAGUCCGAAUUCAGCAGGAGCUCCACAAUUUCCCGGAGGAGCAACGAUACGACGCAGCCAGGGUGAUGUACGGAAUGACGAAUUGCGUGAGAUGUCGUUGUGGCGAUGAUCUGUCGUUAGUUUCCGCUGAUCAGUUCGGAAGUUACAUCGAGAUACCUGGCGGAAACGUGAGGGUGCCUCUUGGAUACGUCGGGGUGCUUGCACCUCUGUUACGUGAUCUGCCGAAUUGUUCACUCAAAUACUGCAAGCCAGUAAGUUGUAUCAGAUGGGGGGCCAUAGAUGACUCCUGUCCUCGAGCAGUAGUGAAGUGUUGCGAUGGCCAAGAGUAUCCAGCCGAUUACGUGAUUGUCACCAUGUCUCUCGGUGUUUUGAAGCACCAGCACGACAAACUCUUCUGUCCAGCCUUGCCCGCGGAGAAAGUCGAAGCCAUUUGCAAAUUAGGAUAUGGAUACGUUAAUAAACUGUUUCUGGAAUACGCGAGGCCGUUCUGGGUUUGGAAAGAAGGCGGCAUCAAACUGGCUUGGUCAGCCGAUGAACUCGCUGACAGAUGCGACUGGGUGAAAGGAAUUUCAAAUAUAGAGGAAUUAUCGACUUCCCAGCAUGUUUUAUGCGCAUGGGUUUGCGGCCGGGAAGCAGCGGAUAUGGAAUUGUGCUCCGAUGAAGAGGUCGUGGAGUCGAUAACAAGAGUUCUUCGACAAUUUACUGGUGAUCCUACGCUUCCCUAUCCAGCAAAUCUUCUCAGAAGCAAAUGGUGCAUGGAUCAAUACUUUGCUGGUUCGUAUAGUUAUAUGGGAAUGGACAGUACCGUUGGACACCAAUGUGAUUUAGCCAGUCCAUUGCCAGGUACCUGUGAACCUAUACCACCUAUCCUUUUAUUCGCUGGAGAAGCCACAAUUCCAGGACAUUAUAGCACAGUGCAUGGCGCCAGAUUGAGUGGUAUUCGCGAGGCAGAAAGAAUAAUUCAACUAACGAAACGGUUCGGUGGUCCACCAAAAAAGUCGUCCGAUAACAGCUAA